UUGCAGUCCAAUCAAACUUAGAGUUGGACUGCUGGGUGGGGCCAAAGAGAGUCCUAAGAAAUAUUUCUAAGGGAAUUGGGGUCCCCCACGUGGGAUGUGGCCCGAGUGUUUUGUGAAGAGGGGGCGACCGGUAACUCUCGGAGCCAGUAGAAAAACCCUAAAUUCUUCUCCCCAGUCUUCCAAGGAAAACCUUAAUCUUAGUCGUGAUAAAGUAUCUGGGCGAAGCAUUAGCUUGAGGGCACAAGGUUGAGGAGCUGCUGCUAAAGAGUGUAUUAAGCGUCCACCCCGCCCUCGUUUUGGGGUGAGAAGAUCCUCUAGCGGUGCUGGCGAGCUGGGCCCUCUGGCCUCCAUGGGGCCGCGCUUUACACUCUUGCUGGCAGCUCUGGCCGACUGCCUGUGUCCGGCGAGGCCCUGCAUCAUAUGUGACCCGUUUGUAGUGGCUGCGCUAAAGACUUUGGAGCAGAGUUACCUGCCUGGCCACCUGGCACCCGAGCAUCAUGAAAACGUAAUGAAGAGGGUGGAGCAGGCCGUGAAGGACUUCAAGGAUCUGCCUUUGAAUCAGGAUACCUAUGUGGGGGCCGUGGAUGAGGACACACUGGAACAGGCAUCCUGGAGUUUUCUGAAGGAUCUGAAACGUAUCACAGAUAGUGAUGUAAAAGGAGAGCUCUUUGUAAAGGAAUUAUUCUGGAUGCUCCGUCUGCAAAAGGACAUCUUCGCCACCCUCGCUAUGCGUUUCCAAAAAGAAGUUUAUUGUCCCAACCAAUGUGGCACGAUGUUGCAGACGCUGAUCUGGUGUAACAGGUGCGAGAAGCAGGUCCACUCCUGUCGCAAAUCCAUGGAUUGUGGGGAGCGCCGGAUAGAGGUGCCUCGAUUGGAAGACAUGGUCCUGGACUGCCAGCUCGGUUGGCAUCAUGCUUCUGAGGGACUUACGGAUUACAGUUUUUACAGGGUUUGGGGGAACAGUUCUGAGACCUUGCUGUCCAAGGGGAAAGAACCCUACCUGACCAAGACGAUGGUGGGUCCAGAGGAUGCCGGCAACUACCGCUGCGAGCUGGGGACCAUCAACUCUGGUCCUGCCACCGUUAUUCGUUUUCGUGUCGUAGUACUGCCCCAAAGGACAGCAGAAGAAAAACCGGCACCAAACAUCAUAACCCAGGAGGAGGAGGGCCCUGUACAGGUGACUCCAGAGACCCUGGAGCCCGUAAUUACAAUCGCCAGUCAUCCGAAACCACCGAGAGCUGCCAAACACCACCGCCUCUUAAUACUGUUGAUCCUUGGCUUCAUAAUUCUGGUGGCCAGCAUCAUUGUCACGGUACUUCACUUUAGGAAAGCCAGAGGUAAAUCCAAGACCUCCAGUUUGGACGUGAAAUCCUCAAGGUCGGAAUUCAAGUCGUCGGAUCAGGACAGGUCCUCUGUCCAGCCGGAGUCCUCCCCGCCGGUAGAGUCGAAGCCCUCUCAGGGUGACAGUGUUGCCGAGGAGACAGAGGACAAGGGCGAGGAAUCAGAAAGCUAAUAAAGAUUUGACCUGUUGUCUCA